GCGGGGGCCGGGCGGGCGCGGACCGGAAGUGGCGCCGGCGGCGGAGCCGUUACCGCAGCGUGCCGGAAGUGGCUGUGGGCCGGCGUCCGGGCCGCGCCCGCAGUGAGCAGCGUCUCCGCGGCCGGCGACGCCAUGGAGCCCGGGGCGGCCGAGCUGUACGACCAGGCCCUGCUGGGCAUCCUGCAGCACGUGGGCAAUGUCCAGGACUUUCUGCGCGUGCUCUUCGGCUUCCUCUACCGCAAGACCGACUUCUACCGGUUGCUGCGCCACCCGUCCGACCGCAUGGGCUUCCCGCCCGGCGCGGCGCAGGCCCUGGUGCUGCAGGUGUUCACAGCCUUCGAGCACAUGGCCCGGCAGGACGACGAGAAGAGGAGGAAGGAGCUGGAGGAGAAGGCCAGGAGGAAGGAGGCAGAGGAGGCCGUGGCCACGGCUGCUGAGCAGGAGCCAGUCCCGGCCCCGGGACAGGAGGUGGAGGUCGGCCCCGGGGCAGACUCAGGCGGGCUUCCGGGGCCACGGGGUGCCGGACUGGAGGUAGCCCCUGGCUCAGAGGAGGCAGAGCCACCAGGAGCUCAGGCGGGGGCCGCCGAACUUCCAGAGGAACCCCCGGCCCUUCCCAAGAGGCAGGAGCAGUUCCAGAGAAACCCUGACAGCUACAACGGAGCCGUGCGCGAGAACUACACCUGGUCGCAGGACUACACCGACCUGGAGCUCAAGGUGCCCGUGCCCAAGCACGUGGUGAAGGGCAGGCAGGUCUUCCUCUGGUUUGGUUUUUUCCCUCAUUUUGUUGGGCUUUUGCCUCAAGGAACUUUUUCAAGGUACGUUGUAAGUAAGGGAUUCUUGAAUGUCUUAAAUUGUAGUUAUUUUAAACUUCCCCAUAUUUCAUGGUUUGGGUGUGAAUGUAAAUCUAACUUCAAAAAAAUUCUCCCCUUAGCAGAUCGAAAGCAUUGCCUGCCUGUCGUCCUGUGUCAGGUGUUUCUAGAGAUCUCUCCUGUUCAGGUUCUUGUCUCGGUGGCCCUGAGCAGCAGCUCUAUCCGGGUGGCUGUGCUGGAGGAGGAUGGGGAGCACGUCCUCAUGGAAGGGAAGUUCACGCACAAGGUCAACACUGAGAGCUCCCUGUGGAGCUUGGAGCCUGGCAAGUGCGUCCUGGUGAGCUUGAGCAAGGUGGGCGAGUACUGGUGGAGCGCUGUCCUGGAGGGUGAGGAGCACAUCGACAUCGACAAGAUCAACAAGGAGCGCUCCAUGGCCACGGUGGACGAGGAGGAGCACGCCGUACUGGACAGGCUCACCUUCGACUACCACCAAAAGCUGCAGGGCAAGCCGCAGAGCCAUGAGCUGGUGAGGGAAAGUCCAUGAGAUGCUGAAGAAGGGCUGGGAUGCUGAAGGCUCCCCCUUCCGAGGCCAGCGAUUCGACCCGGCCAUGUUCAACAUCUCCCCGGGGGCCGUGCAGUUCUAGUGCCCAGAGGAAAGGGAGCGCGCCGCGGGCUCCCUCCUGCCAGGGACUUGCUGGCGGGUUUGCCCUCGCCGUCGUUCCUUUCCAGGGUGGACCCGCGGUGCCGGGCGCUGCAUCUCUGGACUGUUGGGAGCAGCACGGGGCGAGCGGGACGCCGGCCACCCGCUCUCCUCUGGCUGCUGUGCGCACGCUCUGCUUGCUUUCCUCGUGCUGGGGGCUGGGCGUGGGUGCCAGGCCAGCUGCUGACCUGCGGGGGGUGGGGGGGCGCCCUGGCCGUGACCUCUUCCUGCACCUGUGCGCGUGUGGUGUCGCUUGGCGUUUGUAUGCGUCCGCUGCCUGCUCAGCCCCGUUGCAGAGCAGCAGAAGGUGGGUCCUGGUCGCUGCUUCUGAACUUGGGGACACAGCCCCGAGUGGCCACAGGCACAGCAGGAACUGUUCUCCAUGUCUUCUCGUGGGACCCGGUUCUUGUCAGAGAGCCAGCUGGGUGUCCUCGGGAGAGCAGAGUGCGGCGCCCCUUCUCCUGUGUCUGCUGUGCCCCUGCUCCGCCAGCCGGGACCACGGCGUGUUGGGCUAUCGGCCAGCGUGUCUCCCGGGGCCUCCCCUCGUGGCUCUGUCCUUCCGGCUGACAGGGACUCCUUUCUGGGUGAUGGUCCUUUUGGGAACAGCCCCCAUCACCCGAGUAGGUGGGAACUGGCUCGUCAGUCCUGUGGGGGCAGGUAUGUGGCUCCCGGAGGCCAGAAAUGGGUGGGGAUACCUGAAUGCCUCCUUCCCAAUAUCCCUGGGAAGCCUCGGGUGGCUCUGGUGCCGUUAAGGGAAGUGCAGAUACCAGGUCGCUGGUGGGGAGCAUUUUCGGGGAUGCGGAGCCCUGUCUCCUGUAGUUGGCUCUGCGGCCAGUCAUGGAGCUGCUGAGACUCGUCCUCGGGGCCUCUGGAAUGUGCACGCCUGUCCCACGUCACCGGCGCCUUGUGUUAGAACUGUUCUGGGUGGUCUCGGGCCCUGGACCACGCCGUGAAGGUCUUCUGGCAUGACGAGGUGCGGCAUGCGCCCGCACCCCAGCUACUUGGGAGAUUGGGGAGCCGUGGACUCUGUGGUCCCUUGUCUUCCCCUGUCUGACAUUAUAGUCAGUGUUGGUUUCUGCCCAUCCUGCCUGUCGUGACAGUGGCUCCCCGGCGUCUGGGAGUGGUGGGCCGGGCCGAGGUGCUGGUCCAUGUGGCGGAGGGCGGGCUGUCCUCACGGGUGUCCUCUGACCCUUGCUGCCGGCCUGGGCCCUGGAGCCGGUGCAGCCUGCGUGUUUUCUCUCUCCAGACACGGCCACCGCCGAUCAGCCACUGAGCUCCGUCAGCCGAGGUCCGCGGAGAGCAGGGUGCCCGUCUGCGAAGUCCCUCUCCAGUGUCGGUUUGCAAUAAAUCUGUGUUUAAGCA